GGCAGGGGCCGGGCAGCAGCGUUCUUCCGCGCGCUCCGGGUCCCCAGCUUUGCUCGGCUCGGGCGCCAGGAUCCACCAUGAACCGGUGCGCCGAGGCGGCCGCGGUGGCGGCCACAGUGCCGGGCGCCGGCGUCGGGGAUGCGGGGCUGCGGCCACCCAUGGUGCCCCGCCAAGCGUCCUUCUUCCCGCCGCCAGUGCCCAACCCCUUCGUUCAGCAGACGCGGAUCAGUGCGGCCCGACGGCUGCAGAUCAUUCUUCUUGGAAUUAUUCUGCUUCCAGUCCGUGCUGUAUUGGUUGCAUUAAUUUUGUUGCUGGCAUGGCCAUUUGCUGCAAUUACAACAGCAUGCUGCCCUGAAAAGCUGACCCAUCCGAUAACUGGUUGGAGGAGGAAGAUUACUCAUCCAGCUUUGAAGUUCCUGGGCCGUGCCAUGUUCUUCUCCAUGGGCUUUAUGGUUUCCGUGAAAGGGAAGAUGGCAAGCCCCGUGGAGGCGCCCAUCUUUGUUGUUGCCCCUCACUCAACCUUCUUCGAUGGCAUUGCCUGUGUGGUAGCUGGGUUGCCCUCUCUGGUGUCACGGAAUGAGAAUGCACAGACCCCUCUGGCGGGCAGACUGUUACGGGCUUUGCAGCCAGUUUUGGUGUCCCGUGUUGACCCAGAUUCCCGAAAAAACACAAUAAAUGAAAUAAGAAGGCGAGCGACAUCAGGAGGGGAGUGGCCCCAGAUACUAGUUUUCCCAGAAGGUACUUGUACUAAUCGCUCCUGUUUGAUUACUUUUAAACCAGGGGCCUUCAUCCCAGGAGUUCCGGUGCAGCCCAUCCUUCUCAGAUACCCAAACAAGCUGGAUACUGUGACCUGGACAUGGCAAGGAUAUACAUUCCUCCAGCUGUGUGUGCUUACUUUCUGUCAGCUCUUCACAAGGGUGGAAGUUGAGUUUAUGCCUGUUCAAGUACCAAGUGAUGAAGAAAAAAAUGAUCCCGUUCUUUUUGCCAGUAGAGUCCGGAAUUUAAUGGCAGAAGCUUUGGCAAUACCAGUAACGGAUCACACCUACGAAGACUGCAGGCUGAUGAUCUCAGCAGGACAGCUGACAUUGCCCAUGGAAGCUGGGUUGGUAGAAUUUAGUAAGAUUAGCCGGAAACUGAAAUUAGACUGGGAUGGCAUUCGUAAGCACUUGGAUGAAUAUGCAUCUAUUGCAAGUUCCUCAAAAGGAGGCAGAAUUGGAAUUGAAGAGUUCGCAGAAUACUUAAAGUUACCUGUUUCAGAUGUCUUGAAACAACUUUUUGCACUCUUUGACAGGAAUAAUGAUGGCAGUAUUGACUUCCGAGAGUAUGUGAUCGGCCUGGCUGUCUUGUGCAACCCUGCCAACACAGAGGAGAUCAUCCAGGUGGCAUUUAAGCUCUUUGAUGUUGACGAGGAUGGCUACAUAACAGAGGAGGAGUUUUGCACCAUUCUGCAGGCUUCUCUUGGAGUGCCCGACCUUGAAGUUUCUGGUCUCUUCAGGGAAAUUGCCCAGGGGGACUCUGUUUCCUACGAGGAAUUCAAAAGUUUUGCCCUAAAGCACCCGGAAUAUGCCAAGAUCUUUACAACGUACUUAGACCUCCAGACAUGCCAUGUAUUUUCAUUGCCAGAUGAAGUCCAGACAGCUCGGUCUGUGGCUAGUAAUAAAGUCAGUCCUGAGAACCAUGAGGAGGGCACCUCAGACAAGAAGGCUGAUUAAUCUGUGUUCCCGGGGAGGAAAGCUGUGCUUCUGCCUGCCAUUGGAAAGGUGUUGAUUGACAAUAUUGUAAAUGUACUUACCAAGUAAUGAUGUUCAAAACAGAAAGCUUUUUUACUAAAAUGACAUAUUUUCUUCCUAAAAUACUUUUAUUAACUUGCAUAUAUCAAGUAAGUUCCUUUUGUCUUAUAUUGUGUUUUUACCAGUUGCUUUAACUGGUGAUAAGUGCUGUAUAUUUUUAUGAAUUUUUCAGUUCAAUUUUCAUAAUAAACUCAUUAGUCUUCCUCUGUA